AUGUCUUACAAUGGGAUAGGUUUGAAGUCGGCCAAGGGUUCUUCGACCUCGGGCCACGUACAGAAAUCUUUGGCUGGCCGUGCGGAGGGCCGGAGUAAUGCGAAGAACUAUACUGCACGGAGGGCGGCGCUGAAAAGUGCGUCCAAAUCGGACCCUGGAAAACUUGCUGCCGUGAAACACGAGAGCAUGGCGAAGCAUUUGAACAAAAGGAAAGUGGAGUUGCAGGUAUCCGAGUUGCGGGACAAAUUGGAAGACCAGCAGGAAACCGAUGCUUCCCUGACCGAUGAGGUAAUCGACGAGCGGUGCAACGCUCUGCGUGAAGAGCUCAGUCAAGAGAGAGAAACGGAGGAACAGGUGGCCAAAGUGUACAAAGCGAGACAUAAACGGCUCGAUGAGGACGGGUCCCAUCCUCACACAGAACCCAAAGCAGACCUCUAA